AUGCGCUUCGACUACUCGAGGGAGCGGCUCCUCAAGCGCUCCGACGCCGCCGCCGUCUCGACCGCGCUCGACCUCUCGUUCGCGGCGCAUAGCGAGACGGCGCCGCCGCCGCUCGCCUCGCCCAAAGCCGCGACGACGUACAGCCUGCGGGCCGUGGUGUGGCACCGUGGCGGCGACGCCUCGUUCGGCCACUACCUCGCCGACGUGCAGCGCGCGCGCGGCGCAGCGGAGUACUGGGAGCGCUACGACGACACUGCCGUCACGAGGCGCGCGGCCAUGAUCACGCCGGCCACGGCGGUCGGACCCCACGCGACCGCGGUGACCAACGGCUACCUCUUCUUCUACGUCUCGGACGGGCUGGGCCUGUGA